AUGAGGUACGCCGUGUCACCGAUCUUCAUCACUAACCACCAAAAGCUAAACGUUUCCUCUUUCUCCAGUGCUGUGGCAGUACAAUACGACACCAGGGGCGAUAUGGGAUACCCUCGCUCUUCACUCACAUGGCCGGGACUCGAGCCAAACGUGGAUUUCCUCGGUCACGACCUGAUGAGCCACGCAGGUUCAGAUGCCAGCAUGACGCCUCCUAGCACAUCAAGGUCAUCAACAUCAAGCCCCCCGCGGGGCAUGCUUACGCCCGAGCAGCGCGAGUUGAAGAGGCAACGCGACCAAGCACGCAGGGAGUCGAAAUCAUCUGUUCGCGCGCGCCGGGCCUUGAGCACUACUUCCUAUGGAUCAACAUCGCCACAGAUGAGCAUGGCAGAGUUCUCGACAGCAUCGCCAAUGCCAAUCUACACAACAUCGCCUUCGCAAAUCUCUCUUUUGACUGAGCCUGUAACUACUGUUCCCGGAUCUUCUUACAUUCCAUCUUAUUCGACAUCUCCUCUUCCAGAGCCGUCGGCCAUGUUCACAUCUCCUUUCCCUACGUUGCCAUCCAGCGGUUACAUGGGCAUGGAAUACUCUAGCUUUCACCACCCACCACCUUCUCAGGGCCUCCAUGGUCACUUUGCCAGUGGUCGCCCCGCUUCUUUGUCGGAGCCAAACAUGCUUUACCCUAUGCCACCCGUUCUACCAUCAGGGGGCGGACCGAGCCAGGAGACCGGCCACGUCAGAGUCGUCCAGAGCAGGCCAAAGCCACAAUGUUGGGAACACGGAUGUAACGGUCGGCAAUUUUCAACCUUUAGCAAUCUGCUACGACACCAACGUGAGAAGUCGGGACAGGCCACGAAAGCAUCAUGCCCAAACUGUGGUGCCGAGUUUACAAGAACGACGGCUAGGAAUGGUCACCUGCUGCACGACAAGUGCAAGUCGCGAAGGAACUCAUAG